UGCAUUUCUUGGUACCAUUUUCGAAGGUCGUUUUAGACAACUAUUUUGUGCUGGGAAUAUUGGUAAAGAACCUGCCUCAAAUGUGUCGAUUAUAAUCUACGAUUUGUGACGGCUAGGGGCCUUGACUGACAUUCGAACGGAAUUCAUUGCUAUUGUUGGUUCAUUGGUGUUGAGAACUUGCGGCCACGUGGGGCCCGUAAAUCCAACGUGUUUCUUUAACGGUCGCGUAUAACGCAAGUACAUAAAUCAUUCCCAUUGGAUCCUACACCAUAGUCGGUGUGCAUUUAGUAAUAGACUCCACAACGUGUUAGAUCACAUAGCUGUGUUGUUUCAUGCCAAGUGUUUCUCGCAUUUGUAUCCAGUCUGCUGUGGUGUUUUAAGUGCUCUCACGCUCGUCAAAUGGGGUCAAGAUAAAUGUGAUCAGAGUUCAGUCAUCGUUGGCAUUAAAAUUAACUGGCCUGGUUGUUUUAUCAGCUUUACAGUCUUCUUGAAGACUAGAGCGUGGUGUUGUAGAGAAGUACAGCUCCACAGUCACAGUGUGGUCAGUACGGCCACCCACCAUCAGCAUCAUCAUGCCAAAGCCAUGGACUACGCUGCUCGGAUGCUUGGCUUGUCUCGCUGUUGUUGUUGCAGCCGUUCUUGGCGAUGUACAAGGUCCACCACGUCUUGCCGAGGCAAUUGUUGGGUUCCAAAAGACACGAGUCGGUCGAACCAUCAAACUCCUCUGCCCAGUAGUCGGUAACCCCCCACCCCUGACGAUGUGGAAGAAAGACGGAGAAUCCAUCAAUACACUGUGGGAAAGAUUCAAGGUGUUAUCGCCGGGUUUGAAGAUAAAGAAUGUUGAGAUGGCGGACGCAGGGCAGUACGUUUGCCGAGCUACCAAUGGAUUCGGUAGUGUGAGCAUCAACUAUACGCUAACUGUUAUGGAGGGCGCUAGAAAGCCUGAGAGAGAGAAGGAGCCUGGUGGUGUUGAUGAUCCAACUGGAAGCAAACCCACUGGAACAAAACCCAAAUUUUCUCAGCCAUCCAAGAUGCGGAAGAAGAACCUGGUGCGGCCGUUGAAUAGCUCCGUUAGACUAAAGUGUGCCGCUACGGGCUACCCCAAACCUCAGAUACUAUGGAUGAAGAACUCUAUCAUGCUGACUGAUGCUGAGCUAGGUGAAGAGGGAGCAAGCUGGACUCUGAAAUUGAUCAACCUGCGUCCGGCGGAUACUGGGGAAUAUACAUGUGUCGUUCAUAAUCGCAAUGGCCGGAUUAAUGCAACGUAUACUGUGGAGGUUGUAGAGCAAGUGCACGACAAGCCUGUGCUACAAGGUGAACAUCCAGUCAAUACAACAGUCGCCUACGGAGGUACCACAUCUUUCCAAUGCCGCGUCCGCAGUGACACGCCCCCACACAUCCAAUGGUUAAAGAGGGUAGAGCCCCACAACACCAACCAACAGAUCAACGCUACCCUGGACAUGGACGGACAGAAGUUUGUGGUGUUGCCGGCCGGCGAGGUGUGGUCUCGCCCUGAUGGGUCGUACUUGAAUAAACUCAUGAUAUCACAAGCUACUGAGAGGGAUAGUGGGAUGUAUAUAUGCCUUGGAGCUAACACUAAUGGUUAUAGCGUAAAGAGUGCUUUCUUGGAGGUUCUACCAGAUCCAAGUGGACGAAGGAAAAACACCCCAGACAGCGAGCUGAAAAACUUUGAUGUUGACCAGAUUUUAGUGGCCGUUCAGAAUUCAGCGGGUUUGGACUCUACAAAGAAGGCUCUUCUCAUCACCAUCCCCCUGGCGUGUGCAAUCCUCUUCUGUGUUGGGGCAGCGGUCUGCACCUACCACCGCAACAAAAACUUACAGGGUUACUCCAGCCCGCCCCCAAUCAUCCAACCCUCCAAUCACCUCGCUGCUAAAGGGGAGCACAAGCGGAACACUCCGACGCUACCUACACAAUCAGACUGUGAGCAGAGUGUACCUCUGACGUCUCCACCGCCAAGCCUUGCGGGAGUUCUCUCGUAUCAUCCGCCGAGCAGAGAGGCUGCUAUAAACAGAUACCCAGACUUGGGAAUUAGUGGUGGGAGUUACUCAGACACCUUAAACAGCAGCGGUAGCCUGUCGAGUAGUAAACUACACAUGCAUAAACAUGUGCACCAACACCAUGUGGUGCAUCAUUGCUAGCAUUUCUAAGGGACUUCUUGUAUAGAUUUAUACAUAUAUAAAUAUAUAAAAAAUGUGUAUAUACUAAUGAAAUUAAAGCAUAUACUAAAUGGCAUCUCGGUUGUUGUUUUGGGGUUUGUUUGUUUUUUGACAGAGGAACCAAAAGCUUAUCCCACUAUUUAUGUUAAAUAUUAUGUGAACAUAUCUCGAAAGAAUGGCUGGAAUCGGCAAGAUUUACAGUUGUUUCUGUUAGAGAAAGAGGGACUCUUACCAAAAUAUAAAAUACACUUUCAUCACUUUCCUAGUGAAAAAGUUUAUUCCAAGAUUUCCUCUUGGGCUCUUAAUGGUUUCAUUGUCAUUUCAACAUCAAACCAUACAAUGGCUUUGGGUUUCGUCAGAAAAAGAAGAUUUUUAUUAGUGGCGUUUUAGUCACUUUUUUACGACUCUCUGUAAUUUGCCCAUACACUAACUGCUUUGAAAUAUAAAAUACCAGCCCUAAUUUCAUAGAGACGGUAAGCUGGGGGAAAUUUGACAGGUGAACUUUCUGAAUGGAAAGCAGAACUAUUUUUUGACAAAAUAACACACUUGGGCCUCGUCCCAUUGGCCAAUGUAUCAGUAUUCUGACCACCAUAUCUCAAAAAGGUUUAUAAGACAGUAUAUAUGCUUAGCAACUUUGCUCUAUGGAGUUGACUAUGGAAUAGGACAGUCCAUGCUUAGCAACUUUGCUCUUCAGUGUUGGCUAUUGAAUAAGACAGUCCAUGCUUAGCAACGUUACUCUAUGGAGUUGACUAUGGAAUAAGACAGUCCAUGCUUAGCAACUUUGCUCUUCAGUGUUGGCUAUUGAAUAUAACAGUCCAUGCUUAGCAACUUUACUCUAUGGAGUUGACUAUGGAUUAAGACAGUCCAUGCUUAGCAACUUUGCUCUUCAGUGUUGGCUAUUGAAUAGGACAGUGGGCCUCCCCUCCCCCGUAUAGCUUCUUGGUAUUCUAUACAGUGCCUCAACCAUAAUGCCAUAUUUGUACAUAGUGUACCUAAAGCCAUGUUUGUACAGCUGCAGAUACUAUUGUUAUUAUAUAAAUUACUUAUUUUAUAUAGAUGCUGGUUAAGACCAUCGGAGCGUUAAGAAAUGUUAAUGAUGAAUUAUUCUUCACUGAAGGAUAUACAGUACUUUUUUUAUUUAAAGAAGGUUAACCCAGAUUGUAUGUAUUUCUUGUUUAAAGGCACUGGACAUCUUUGGUAAUUACUCAACAAAAUUGUUAGGAUAAAAACUUACUAACUUUGUA